AAACGCAGCUGCUCGACGUCCUCGACGAGGUCCGCGCGAGCGCAAAGCGGUCGAGAAUGUCGCAGUCGAGAUCGAGAAACGCACGGGUUGUUUCCUCACGCGAGAACGUCAACGUCUGGAACGUCAUCCUCGGAAGAUAGAGAUAGGGUUCCUCCUCUCAACAGUCUCAACCAGGCGGAGGAUAUGUAUUUCAGUAAAUGUAAGCACGAAUUGAAUAAGAUUUUCAUAGCGAAUCCGAAUCUCGUCCACGACGUCGUGGACUUUUGGAAAUUCGUCGAGAAAUACGAGUCCGUGACCGUCAACAAGCGAUUGGGCGACAGUGACGAAUCUGUGGCCGAUUUCGCUCGAAAUCGAAAUCGAACGUCCAUCGGGCUCCCGGAAAAGUAUCACAAGUCCCAUUGUCUAAACUUGAAGCUUGCUUUGUCCUACGGGGAAUUGUUUGCCAGAGUCCCGGAGGCAAAAUCUUCGUUGACCGAAUCCCGACUGCUCAACUUCCGAGACGUGAUACUCUUGUACUUGGACUUUAAGCAAAAGGAGAAAUUCGCCAAGUUAAAGAGGCUCCGAGACGCACAAGCCAACUUGCCGGUUGCGCGAUACAAAGAGGAUAUUAUCGAGAUGGUAAAGAUGGAGAAAGUAAUCAUCGUCGCAGGAGACACUGGUUGCGGGAAAUCUACUCAGAUCCCUCGAUAUUUGUACGAAGCUGGUUUCCGGAAGAUUGCAUGUACGCAACCCCGAAGAAUAGCGUGCAUCUCAUUAGCGAAACGAGUAGCUUUCGAAACAUUGAGCGAGAAUCUGAAUAAAGUUGGCUAUCAGAUACGUUUUGAGAAACAGAGGAAUCAAGAGACAAACAUUACGUUUAUAACAGAGGGCUUAUUGUUGCGCCAGGUGUCGGGUGAAUCAACUUUAUCCGCAUACGACGUGAUAGUCUUGGACGAGGUACACGAACGUCACCUGCAUGGGGAUUUUUUAUUGGGCAUUAUGAAAUGCAUCAUUAAUCAAAAACCUGACUUGAAAUUAGUAUUAAUGUCCGCCACCAUUAAUAUACAACUUUUUAGUACGUAUUUCGCAAAGGAAAAUGUUAAAAUAAUAGAGGUCCCUGGCAGAUUGUAUCCCAUUCAAUUGUUCUAUCGCCCUGUAACCGUAGAAGACCUCAGAUACAAAAAUGAUCGAUUUAAUCCCAGUCCAUAUGUGCAAAUAAUGCAAAUAAUUGAUCAAAAAUAUCCAGUCGACGAAAAGGGUGAUUUAUUAAUAUUCUUGAGCGGAAUAAGUGAAAUUACUGCAGUCGUAGAUGCUGCCAAGGAAUAUAGUAUAAAGAAAAAUAACUGGAUAGUUUUACCACUUCAUAGUACUCUCUCUAUCGUUGAACAAGACAAGGUAUUUGAUUAUGCACCUGACGGUGUUAGGAAAUGCAUUGUUGCAACUAAUAUCGCGGAAACUUCUAUUACCAUUGAUGGAAUCAGAUUUGUCGCUGAUAGUGGAAAAGUGAAGGAAAUGAGUUACGAUCCGUCGUGUAAAAUGCAAAGAUUGAAAGAAUUUUGGAUAAGCAAAGCCAGUGCGGAACAAAGAAAAGGGAGAGCAGGCAGGACUGGACCUGGGGUUUGUUACAGAAUUUAUUCGGAGGAAGAGUACAAGACGUUGGAAAAAUAUUCAACGCCAGAACUACAACGUGUACCUUUAGAUUCUUCACUAUUGCAGAUGAUAGCGAUGGGACUUCCUGAUGCGCGAAAGUUUCCAUUUAUAGAACCACCACCAGCCAAUAGUCUAGAAAACGCUAUACUAUCCUUAAAAGAUCACGACGCACUUACGGAUAACGAAAAGAUCACGUGUAUCGGUAAAACCCUGGCUCGGCUGCCCGUUGAUAUCGCGAUAGGGAAGAUGUUAAUAAUGGGAUCCAUUUUUCAUCAGGUGGAACCCGUGUUAUCCGUGGCCGCUGCUCUAAGUAUACAAACACCGUUCACUAACAGGGCUUACAGGGACACCGAAUGUGAGACAUCUAGAAAGAAGUUGGAAUCUGAUCAUGGUGAUCCAAUAACGUUAUUGAAUGCAUUUAAAGAAUGGCUGGAAGUGAAACAAGAAAAUUCACAGGAAUAUAGAAGCAGUAAUAACAGCAGCAGAAAGUGGUGCAGAAGAAGAGGUUUGGAGGAACAACGGUUCUACGAAAUGACGAAAUUGAGGGCUCAAUUUAAAGACUUGCUCCAAGACUGCAAUUUACUCAAGAGCCUCCCAGAACCAAAUUCUUCCAUGACGAGUGCAGAACGUGCGAUAAGGCAUGGAGAAUUGAAACUUUUGAAAUCUCUCAAAAGAACUUACAAGCAAAGUGAGCCUAAAAGGCGUAAACGGUUGAAGGUAGAAACAUUCGAUAUACACGUGGAGGAUAAUGACGAGGAUAAUGGAGAGCUCGACAUAAAAGAUAUAGAAUUUCGAAUGAGGAACGACUCGAGUCAGGUGCAGAAUCUUUUAACGGCGUCUACCGCAUGUAGCUAUAAAGAUCUGACAAUGUUGAAGUUGAUAUUAUGUAGUGGUUUAUAUCCACAAUUUGCUUGUGCCGACGAGUUUAAUUAUUGCAAGUCUAUAAGUGAACAAUUAUUUCACACAAAAGCGAAACCGUACGUUGCUUUGCAUCCAAUGAGCUUUUUCGGAAAUCAUCCACAAGUUCUGCAAAUUGAUGAAGCGGAUAUAACGCCAAUGCCAGGAUUUAAGAGCAAGACUCCUGUAAGCUCGAAACAUCAGAUAUUGGCGUAUCUAUCCCUCUUGGAAACUACAAAACCGUAUCUGGUAAAUACUUUAAGAAUGCCUGCUGCACAAACGUUGCUAUUAUUUGCGCAUGAAAUAGAUACAAAUAGUACGUUCUCCAUAAUAGCAUGCGAUUCGUGGCUGAUGUUAGAGUUUCCUGUUCCUGACAGUGGUCAAGUUUUAUUAUUGAAAGCUGCCAAAUUAAGAAAUAAAUGGGAUUUCUUAUUAAAUCAGCAAUUACAAGGAUCCGACAGUGCUGACGACGAAAGAAAAGAUUUUAGUAAAGUUGAGCAAAGUCUUACGUACGACGUGAUCGAAUAUAUGCAUACUACGAUACCAUAUACCAUAAGACGGCUGUUACCAGCCGAUCUGAAAAUAAUGUACGUUGGCAACGGCAAUAAUGACACGAGUAUAGAGCCUAAUCCUUUCCAAUCCGAUUUUAAAAGUAUACCAAACAUAAUUAAAGGUGGAGCUUGUGUGACAAAUACUAUCACGUAUAAUUGCAUAAAAGAAAGUACGUGGAGUGAACAGCUAAUUGUAGAAAUGCAAGAAACCGAAUGGCAUUGUGAAAAUUGUGAUCUUCGAGCACGUCUAUCGAGUAUCGAAAAACUUCAACAUCAGAACUCUUGCACAAUCGCAGAUACGAUUAGUGUCGAUAAAAAGAGUGAAAAUAUCAUACGUAAAGCUAAUAGUCAAGCAUACGAAUGUCCUGAUUGUUCGCUAACAUUAUAUUUCACGCCUAUCGAAAUAUUGAAGCAUAAAAAAUUGCACAUCAAAGCAAGCUAAGACAUCUAUCGAUUGUAUAUAAAUGCAUUAUGUAUUGUUUAUUGGAAGGUAAUGUUUUUUUUUUUUUUUUUACAUAUAAAUAGUUCUCUUUUUAUUUCGUAGAAAUAUACAACAAGCGUUUCAUCGAAAAGUAAUAUGCCUAUUCACAGAAUUCUACAUAUUACCUAUCUACACACGUAAAUUCAGAAGACAUAAAAACAGUUAUCUUCCUUUAAAUAUUUAUACAAAAUAAUAAACGUAAUAUUCUACUAUUCACAAACACUUUUCGACUCCAAAGAUUAUUCUUUACACAAGAUUAUAUAUUCGAAAAAUUUAGAAACGUUCACGCAAUAAAAAGAGGAUAAACAGGAAGGACGUUUCUCGCACGUAUAUAGAAUUUGUAACAUAUCAAGUCCAUGGCAAGAAAUUUGCAAACAUAAAACAUCCUACGAUUGUAUAUCCUAUAAAGUAAAAUAAUACAAAUUUAUCUUGCAAUGUAUAUCGAUUUUGAGAUAAGAAAAAUACUUUCCACUUGGAACACAUAUUUUCGUCACUUUCGUAUCGUAAAUCGAUAUGGUCAACGCAUUUGUGAGACACGGUCAACGCGCAAUACCAAUAUGGCAAGGGAGUUGCAGAGGCUAAUAAACGUGUGCUGACUUGGAUAUGUACAAAGAAUAAGCAAAAUAUGGUUAGAAAUAAACCAUGUACCACAAAGACAAA